AGAACCAUGAGGAAAAAAUCUUCCCUCCAAAAUAUGGCAAGAAGAAAGAGUGGAUGUUUUCAUAUGAGUAAAACAAAGCAUGUUGUUGCAAAGGUUAUUAUUCCAUUGGCAGAGAAGGAAGAUUGUAAGAAAAGCUCUACCUACUUCUGCAGCCGUCUUUUCCUCCUAUUCCCUGAAUUACUAACUACUUACCCUUCACUGAAAACUGAAGUAAAGGUAUCUCUACAAACAACAGAAAAAGGAUGCCCAUCUACCAUCAUGUAUCCAAUAUGUCAGCAGCAUCUACCAAAAAAGAGGAGAGCUAGAAGAUCUACAGAUCAUCAGUAAGUGUUUGGUGUGGAAAUCCAGUGGUGUGAAAGAGAUCCUCAAUCUGGCUGCCAACUAUAAUGGAAGUGGAAGAAGAGGAGGAAAAUACUGAAGAAACACAGGCUACAAUCUCAGAGUCAUUUAAUGAUAUAAGUGGUUUUAUCUUUGGUUAGG